AGGCUGCCAUCUCAUUUAUGCUCCACUAAGUUUCCAUACAGAAAUUACGAAAUCCAAACGGAACUUUAUUUCGACCUUGUAGAGCAAAAGGACUCUUCUCUUCUCGCUGAGACAUUACGACAGCCACAUCACGUUGGCUUGGCUACAGAUCUAUUGGAAAAAGAAUCCAAGCUGGAAGCUCUUGGAAUCAUCACCAUUCUGUCCAUGCCAAGUCAACCAUUAUUUAUUUGCCUAGGCAUUAUGCAAAGUCCACCCACCUGCACCUGCACCGGUUGUCUGACCAAAGUCGGUUUUCCGUGGUCAUGGAAAUGA